UGACGUCUCCUCCUAGGGCAAGUAGUUUAGAGGUGGCCUGUAUCCGGGUUUUAUUUCAAACCAUUUCGUAUCUCCAAUAUCUUUGCCUAAAUGAUUCGUUUCCACAAAAUCCUUAUUCAAAAGAGUGUUAUUUUACAAAAGGAAUUAAUUUCGGUUCUUUGAAAUAACAUUUUUAGUAUAUUAUUCACUAAUCAGAAGUAAUUAUGAUAAAGUCAUAAAUUUAAAAUAGAUAUACAGGGUGUAUAAAAAACCUGAACCCUUUCAAAUUCAAAUUAGCGUAUUGUAGUAAUUUGACAGCUCUAAUUGCCUUGAAUUAAUGUUGGGUAAGAACACAAGAAAUUCUGUAUUUCUUUUAAAUUUUCUAAUUUUUAUUUCUUUGAGUUUUGUCCCGUGAGUACAAGACCUAGUGUUCUUAUCCAACCAUUAAUUUAAAGCAAUUAGAGCUGUCAAAUUACUACAAUACGUUAUAGCUAAUUUGAAUUUGAAAGGGUUCCGUUUUUUUUUAUACACACUGUAGAAAAGUAAAUCAUUAAAAUUUGAAAUUAUUUUAUCCCUUCAUGCAUCCUAAUUCCUAAACGGUCUGAAACUCUUCUAUUUUAACAAUUUUGCUAUUCUCUGCCAAUCUUUGAGUAGCAUUAUCCUUUACCUGCAAACAAUUUCACAAAAUAUAAGAUAAAACAUCAUCUGAAUAUUCACAAUAUAGCUCAUAUCUUGAGUUGAUAUGAAAGAUAUUCAAAUAAUCGAAGCCGGCAUGUUUUAUCUUAAGUUAGAGUUAUACACCAUGUUGACAAUGUCAUCAUGGGGUUCGCAUUGUCGGAAUACAUCUGCUAGUCUCUUAUAUACAUCGCACUGAAAUAAACGCAUUCGCUACUCGUUCUCUUUCUCGAAGGUACUGCGCCAACAAGCUACCAGUUCGAUCUUGAAUUGUAUUUUAUACAGCCACGAAAUUCAAACCUAAUUAAUUUUCUUGCAUCAGCUAGCAAUGGGGGAGAUGGAAUACGAUGUCUUCAUAUAUUCUAUUACCGCAUACGUACUAUCUGUAUUUGGGAUUCUUGGUAAUAUAUUGGUCGUCAUCUCCAUACUAAACCAAAGAUAUUUGUUGAAAAGCAACUACUACAUUCUCGUUUUACAGCUUGCGAUCUGUGAUCUGGGAGUACUGACCAUUUACCUUUUGGAGGUUAUUGUCCAUCAUUCGGCUGAAGAACCACAUUUCCUUGGUUCCGUCGUGUAUUGUAUUUUCGGUAACAUAUUUGAUAUCUUUCAAGUCGCUGGAGUAGGAAUGAUGUUGAUCAUUUCAGUGCUUCGUUAUCGUGCUACUGUACAUCCUUUAAGACCUGCCAUCAGUCGACGGAAACUGAAAGUUUUUUGUGGUUUGGUUUACAUUGUUGGUUUCAUUGUGGGUUUUGGAACAUAUCUGUCGUUCUGUUUUGUAGAGCUGAAUUUUUAUCGGUUUAUUCGACUAUCCAUAGGAAUAGUUAUAUAUAGUCUUCUUCCCACAAUAUUUAUGGCCGUAGUUUAUUAUAAAAUCGGUCGAGCACUUCUCAAACAAAGCAGGCACAUGAAGCGUGUAUGCCCAGAUGCAGUAAGAAGGAGACACAUUCGAGAUCGGCGAACCUUUCUUGUUUGUCUUGGCACCGUUCUUUGCUUUGGAAUUGGAAGUUUUCCAAUUUCUGGGUGGUAUAUAUUCACCUUGGCUCAUGAGUAUAACUCAAUUAAGAAAUAUGUCUGGAUGGAGAGUCUUGGUGUUCUUCUGCGAGUUGCUGGUUCAUACUUGGCAAAUCCUGUUAUAUAUGGAAUCCUGGACAGAAAAUUACUCACAUUUUGGAAACAUUGCCGCAAGAAAACACUGAGACCACAGGAACAGCCCGUCAUUUGCGAGACACUUUUAUAGAUUUUAUCCUCGUAGUUGGAUGACUAUCUGUCCUUGAUGAGACUUGUAUCUCCUUCGCUUUGUACUACAGUCAGAAACAGAAAAUUGUAGUCAAUCAGUCAUAUAAGAUUUGUGAAGGAAGUUAGAUUGAUCUAUGAAUAAACAUGACAAUAAUAAUGCGUAUACAUCAUGCAUAACUUUUGACCAGAACUUUAUUGAUAGAAAUUGAG